AAGGUCCCCUUCCUCCCCUGGGUGGGGGGGGGUGCCGGCGUUUCCGGAAGCGGCUAAUCCCCUGCAAUCGUCGUGGGAAUCUAGCUUGCCUGCAGCACGCUGUUGUGAGCUGCAAAGUAGCAUGGAGCUAUUGGAAUGUGGUCUGCCUUUUUAAAUGCGGAAUUAUUGUCGUGCGUGCAACCCCAUGAUCCCAUCCGCGUCUAUUUCCUCUGAAGUCCGGCCUCACAGAGUUCCUUGAGGCUAACUCCCAUGUUGUAUCUGGUGUGUAAAAGGAAGCUAGAAAGCAAGAAGGAAGCAUUGCUAAUCCUUUCCAAGGAGCUGGAUACAUGUCAACAGGAAAGGGACCAAUACAAACUUAUGGCCAAUCAACUACGGGAAAAGCACCAAUCGCUGAAAAAGAAAUACCGGGAACUGAUUGAUGGGGAUCCAUCUCUUCCUCCUGAAAAAAGGAAACAGGCUAAUCUUGCCCAACUACUGAGCAAUUCUCGGGAUCAAAAUAAGCAUCUGGGAGAAGAAAUCAAAGAACUUCAGCAGAGGUUGGGAGAAGUACAAGGAGACAAUAAGCUCCUGAGGAUGACAAUAGCCAAACAAAGACUUGGAGAUGAGGAAGUUGGCGCACGUCAUUUUGCACCACAUGAGCGUGAAGAUCUUGUCCAGCAGUUGGAGAAAGCACGAGAACAAAUUGAGACCCUGCAGCAUGAUCUUCAGGCAGCACUAGAUGAGCUACAGGAUGUAAAAGAGGAGCGCUCUUUUUACCAAGAUAAAUCGGACAGAUUAAACCAAGAGCUUAAUCAUGUACUUGGGGGACAUGUAAAUCGCAUUAUUGAUAUAGAUGCUCUCUGUAUGGAGAACAGAUACCUUCAUGAGCGAUUAAAACAAAUUCAAGAAGAGGUCAACCUUCUCAAAUCGAAUAUUAUGAAGUAUAAGAAUGCUCUAGAAAGAAGGAAAAAUUCCAAGACCCAUAGCAAAUCAAACAGCAGUGCACUAACUGGAGUCCUUUCUGCAAAGCAAGUUCAAGAGCUGUUAUCGGAAGAUCAUGGAUGUAGCCUACCAGCCACGCCACAGUCCAUCUCUGAUCUUAAAUCUUUGGCUACAGCUUUACUGGAGACAAUCCAUGAGAAAAACAUGGUCAUUCAGCAUCAAAGGCAAACCAACAAAAUCUUAGGCAAUCGUGUAGCAGAGUUGGAGAAAAAGCUGAGAACUUUAGAAGUCUCUGGUUUGUGGAGUCUUCCAGGCCUGAGCUACAAUGUCUCAGUGGGAUUUGGGAGUGGCAAGGAUACCAUAACUUUUAAUGACCCUGCUCUUCCAGUUAUCCAGAGGUCUCGGUCACCAUUGCUAACUUUCACUGAUAAUCUACAGCAGGAGAAAGAAGGAGAACAAACAAGGGAAUUGGAGGGAAAGUGUACUAUUAAAACUGAAUUGGCACUUCCAGAGGAAAUGGCUGCAGUUUCUGAUGAUUCCCACACAAAUCAAAACAGUGGUAAAACAACCAAUUAUUUUCAUUCAUCAUUACCCCUGUUGCCUUCUGAGGAAGAUGAUGUAAAUAGGUUUGGGAAUGAAAUCAUUACGCUGACAGAAGAACAGGCAGCUGUGGAACUGGAAGGAAGCAGAGCAGAAUGCCUGACAAAGAGCCAGACUGCAGGUCAGCCAGAUCUCAGCAGCUUAUCUGAAGGAGAGUCCCCUUUGUCCAGCCCCCAUCCCUUUGAUUCCAUAGAACCAUCCAACCUAGAGAACAGACACACAAGUGAAAAGCAAGCUCCAGAAGAAGACACUGCAACCUCAGAAAGUGACACUGAGAAUGGUAGUGACAAAAAAGAUGAAAAUGGUGGACUGCUGGACAUGAAAGGCGAUGGAGAACCUUCAACUCCAGACUUAAGUCACCUUCCAGAUGAUACCUCUGAAACUGUGAGGGACAACCCACCUGAACAGAGUGUACUGUGAAUAUUUUAACUAUAGCAUUUGUUUUGAUGAAGGAAUGUGUUACCAAUUUUCAGACUUCUUCCAUGUGCCUCCUUGUAUGAUGGCCAUAAAUAUAGAGGCAAAGCAGUAAAUUCAAAGCUGUCCUAUGAAACUAUCCUGUCCUGUCGUGUGUUAACAUCAGAUUAACCUAGUGUUCUAUUUAAAACUUCUUUUCCUGAUCAACAUUUACGUAGGUUUGUUUUUAAAAACUAAAACUAAAGGAUCAGGAUUAAAAUGAUAUCUUGCAAAAUUUUGGCCUCUUAUUUGCCAUAAUUAACAUUACUAGAUAGAGUGACAUAGUUUAGAAUAAUGGUACUCAGCACCACAUCAUUAUGCAUUAACAUGUCAGCUCUCUCUGUCUCUUUCGUAUGUAUAUUUUUGGCACAGUGCCUGCUUGAAUGUAUCUUAAUGUCAGGAGGAGAGGGAAAGUGUUCUGGGUUUGGUUAAACAGCAUCUGAAAGCAUAAAAUGCAGAGACUCCACUGAGCAAGUUCUUUGUUUCUCUGAUUUCUUUCUUUUUCUUGGCUUAAAUAUAUAACAGCAAAUUGUCUUUAUAAAACAAGUCACUCUACAUUCACAGUCUUUGACCACAUGUGAAAAAUCUUGACUUCCAAAGCUUUCCUUUCUCUCUGUUAUACUCUAAUUCUUGAAUGAGCUUUUUCUAGUAAGGAUGGAGGCAUGUGUAUGUGUAUGUUGUGGGUAACAAGGGAUGUUCUGGCUUUCCUGGCCAUGUGUGUGUGUAGCUUCUUCCUCCCCCACCGUUGUCCCAUGCCUUACCAGCCUGCACUUUCCCUCCUUGCAUAUUGCGAUUUCUCUGUUUUCCCACUUCUUAUCUGCUGUGUACCUGCUGUUCUGGGAACCUCAAAUCUUGACUUCCUAUAGCUCUUUGUUCCUCUAGUCUUGUUUUGGAUAGUAUCAGAUAGAGUUCAUAUAUUUUAGAAAUGGAAGUUGAGCUCUUUUCACAGGGCUGUCCUUAGAGAGCCCUGGUGGGGUGCGGGGCCCAGGGCAAAUCAGCCAGGGCGGGGGGCCUUUUCCAGUCAAUACUAAUGGAGGUUAAAAGAGUGGGGCCUGGGGCGGUCACCCUGCUUGCCAUGCCCUAAGGACAGCCCUGUCUUUUCAUGUCAAGAUGACCUCUUUUGAGCCUGAGGAGGAGGAAUUGGAAACUGGGUGCCUUCUCUGUUUUUGUUUGAACAAUAUUAAACUUGAAGUGUGUGCUUGUGAAGAAAGAAGAUAAAAUUUUCUUUCCCUUGUGAGCCAUGAAUCUUGUGGUUAGUGGUUGAAAUUGCUCUUUUUCUUAGCAAUUUCCCCUUUUAAAUGUAUUCCCGCAAUAGCAAUCAAUUAGCUUUCAGUGGAAGAGAAUCUUGAGGGCCUCCUGAGCCUGCAGAGCUGAGCUCUGAUCAUGCUGAAAUGUUGUUUUCUGGUUCCUGGUAGAGAAUGGCUGAAGAAUAUUUAUUGUGGAUAUUUUGCAGCUGUUUGAACUAAAAGGAGGACUGCUUUCUGGAUCAUUCCCCCUGCCCCCCCCCCCCCCCGCCCCAGUUGGGAAACAAUCUCAGCAGCUGUGGAGUUUGUCUGGGCCUGCAGCCGUAGAGGCAAUUUUCCUGCUGGCUUGGGAACCUAAUUGCCUGUAAAUGUUCAUUUCUCACUCCUAGAACUUAAAACCAAUUGGAGAGAGGAUUAAUCCAGAUUUAACAAUGCUGCUCUUAAGAAGGGGGAAAUCCUUCCUAUAUUGAGCCCUUAUUUGACAAAAUAAAUAUCUGCCAGCUGCACAUUAUUAUAGUCUGCUUGUCAGCAGCUUCAUAUUGGGAACAGUGGCAGACCCAACAGUUUGGGUCUGAGUUAGCUAGCAGGUGUUGACUAUGAGCAAGCUAGCUAGCAGGUGUUGACUAUGAGCAAAGGACAGAGUGAAUAAGAAAGUCCUGCCUUACGGAAGCCUAAAAAGAGCAUCCAUAUAACCUGUAAGAACAUAAGAAAAGCCUUGCUGCAUCCUGUUCAGCAUCCUGCCUCAUCCUGUGAUCAACCAUGUGCAUCUGGAAAGCCUGCAUGUGAGGAAAAGAGGACAACUUUCCCCUCCUGCUGGUGUGUCCUAGCAUCUGGUGUUCAGGGGCAUGCCUACUCUGAUCCUGAUGCAAGUCAUAUAGCUAUGAAGUCUGGUGGUCAUCGAUAUCCCCAUUCUCCAUGAAUCUGUCUAACCCCUUUUUAAAGUAAUCUAGAUUGGUGACCAUCACCACAUCUGGCGGCAGCAAAUUCCAUAGUUUUACAUGUUUUAUAAAGAAGUACUUCAUUGUGUCUCUCUUGUAUCUUCUAGCAUUUAACUUCAACAGAUGACCAUGGGUUCUAAUAUUAUGAGACAGAGGAAAAACUCUUUCGCCACUUUAUCCACAUCAUACAUAAUUUUAUACAUCUUUCUCAUGUCCCAACCCCAGUUACCCACCUUAUUUCUAGGUUUAAAAUGUCCAAACAUUGUACAGGAGAACCUCAUUAUCCACAGAUUCAUCAUCCACAGAUUUGUCUAUCUGCAGUUGGGUAAGAGACAACUGACCUCAGCAUAUGCAUUGUGGGGUGGGGGGAACACAUCAGCCUUGCUUAUCCAUGGGUCAGGGGGUGGCCAGAAAUGACCGUGGUCAUUUCUGGCUGCCAUUUUGUUUGGCUCUGUUCCGGACACAAAAUGGCUCCAUUCAAAGGGAAAAGGGGGUGGGGGGGAGACUGUGAUUUUAGGUCGACUUUUGCGGGCACAGCACAACUUGGGGGGGAGCAGCAAAGCAUGGUAAGGAGCUCCCCCACGUUUCCCCUGGAAAUAUGGCCAAUUUUCAGCUAUUUUUAUCAAAUUUUGAGCCGACCUGGAACCUAACCCCCGUGAUGCCAUUGCCCUAAUGCUUCGAUAUUUGCGGUUUUGGUAUCCCAGGCUGCAGUCGAGAAUGGAACCCCCAUGAAUAUCGAAGUCAUCCUGUAAUCUUUAUUCAUAGGGAAGUUGCUCCAACCCCCUGACCAUUGUUGCAUGUUAUAUUCAACACAUGGACAAUCUGUGUACUGUGUGUACGCAUAAUUAUUCAUACAUUAUGUCAAUACAUGUACAACAGUAAUACACUUCCUGUCUCUGCCCUGCAUAUGCAGGGGCCUGUACCCAAGUUCUGUUUUAAAACGAGUCAAUCGCACAAAAACAUGUACAUGUGUACAGACACUUGUACACACGUGCAAUAAUGUCUGACUAGGCUUAUGUGUCCAGAAGCUUCCAGCUGGCUGGCUGUAGCAGCUAUUAGUUUUAACAGGUGAGUCAGUCAGAGAGUCCCUGUGCCAGCGCUCUCUUUAUACCACUUGCUCAGUUACUCAUACUCUGGCAACACAAGGAUUUUUCUUGUGAUGGAAUAAGGGAGUCAGUGUGAGGAGGAAAAGGCUGAAAUGAGAGGCUCUUUUGGCUGGCUGUAACACCUGUCAGAACCAACAGGUACUACGACAAGCAGGUGGCUUCUGACUAUAUGGAGGUUCUUUUUAGGCUUAAGUUUUAUGAGAAAGUUCUGUAUGUGCAGAACAAAUUAUGGUAUUCUCAACACAGGAAGCUUGCAUGCAAGUCUGUCUUUGCUUUUUCCAUAUGCUCCAUUGCUGUAUGCAGGUAAUACAAGAAUUUCCUGUGUAAUAUUCCUUUAAUAUUCUCUUGGUCUUGAACAUUGCGUCAUAUUGUUGUUUGCACUCACCCUUCUUGAGCAGCACUGGUUUAUUCUAAAUUAAAUGAUUUUGUCUCCUGCAUUAAUAAAAGAAAGUUGAACCAUUUAUUAGCUUGCAUAAUUUCAUUCCUCAUAGUGCAGUACGGAUGGAGCGGGGAGGAUUACGUUAUCUCUUAAAUUUGUGGUACUGUUGCUUUUAUUGAUAGAGCAGCUGACAAUGUUAUCGACUUGGCACAGUGUUUGUGUUUUUAUUGGUAAAAUAACAGAUAGCCUUAUUGUCUCGAUUUGUUGUUAUAGGAAUGACAAAACUGAUACAGUGGGAAGAGUAAUGAAUAUGCACCAAACUCAUGAAUAUGAAGUUCUAGAAUUUUGCUGAUCAUAAAUAAGACAUUUCACAUCCCAAUGUUCAUUUCAAGAUGUAUAUUUCUUUCUGGUUUUGUCACAGCCUGAUAAGGACUGCAGCUAAUGCUGAUGAAGUUCUAGUAUAGAAAUGUAGUUGUGAAGAAAGGGCAGCUUUGAGACCAUGCCAGGAAUAGCCAGUGUUUCGCACUGCUUUGAACUAUGGAAUUAAGGUUGUCAUUUGCAAUUUUUUAUGUGAAGUCUGUUUGGGAGUCCAGUGGUGUUAAUAACAAUUUUUUCAUUUGAGCUCAGUGGCUUCAGUUCAGUUGGAAAGACGCUAAGAUCUAGAUACACUAAAUGAAGGUCCUAUAUAUGACUAGGACCGGGGAGACCCGAGUUCAAAUCCCCAUUCAGCCAUGGGUGACUAGCUGGGUGACUCUGGGCCAGUCACUUCUCUCUCAGCCUAACCUACUUCACAGGGUUGUUGUGAAAAAGAAACUCAAGUAUGUAGUACACCGCUCUGGGCUCCUUGGAGGAAGAGCGGGAUAUAAAUGUAAAAAUAAUAAUAAUAAUAAUAAUAAUAUGCGAAAGGAAACACAAGCCAGAACCAGGUCAGAUCUAAAAUAUUCAUAAAGAAGCAUCUAGAUAUUAAAGUAAUUGUGGCAGGCAUGGUGCUUUCAAAAAGUAUAACUUGGUCCCUAUGGUCUAAACUUAAGUUAUGCAAAGAGCAGGGAGUGAUUCAGUGACCAGUUAUCCUGGUGUAGCCCUUUAACUUCCUUGUGACUAUGCCAGUGUAAGCUGUCCCUUAACAUCCCAGCUAUUAUCCAAAUCCACUGAAAACAUAUUUCCCUGUAUUUUCUUCCACUGUAGUCACAUGUAAAUCAGCGUAACCAUGUGUAAUAAUUAUUUCCCUGUAUCUGGGGUUCUAGUUAUUUGAAUGCUAUGAAAAUUCUGUCAGGUCAUUCAGUUAUACAAUCUAAUUUGGUGGCAUGGGUGUUUGGGGAGACAAAGAGAGGAAGUUCCCCCACUAUGCAUUGAGCCAGUCCCAUUGAAUUCAAUGGAGCUUCCUUCCAGGUAAAUGGGUAUAGGACUGCAGCUUUUAUCCCCCUCCCAUAGAAAAUGUCCUGUCUAGUUGGGUGGUACCCAUGCAUGGUAGCUGAACUGCUGUAAACUAACUCCCAUUGAGACUAUUUCUCUCUUCCCUUGCCACUCCAGUUAUUCUUGUGCAUACAUUCUUUUUGUUCCAGUGUUUUCCUUAAGCUUUGAAAGACCAAACCAUAUUUUAAAGAGAUACAGGAUUCCACCUCCACCCCACCCCCCAUAAUAUCUAACACAGAUGAUGACAUCAUGCUAUAAAUCUUCCUGUUGCUGCCAAUCUGUGAUGUGAUGUGAAGAGGGGGUGGGGAAAUGUGCAUCACAAAGACUUCAUAUCACAUGUUGCGUUGUAAUUCGCCCGACAAGAAAGAGAAGGCAAAGAGACAUGAAGCAGCAACAGCUCCAUUACACCUGUAGUUUGGCCUAGGCUUAAGUAUCAACUUCACUGGCAUGUGCUUUCCUGUAUGUUUGUAAUACUUUCACAGAUUAUGAUAUUACAACUAUCUUAAUUCAGGACCCCAUAAAUAGUAAUGAUAAAUAAAAGUUUUCUUCAGUUUCAAGAAAUAAUAAAAUGUCAAUAGUGAAAAAGACUGAUAAAUUGCAUACAUAGUGUUUCUGAUAUGUAAGCACUUUUGAUCAUGGAAGUACAUCACAGUGGAUCAUAUGGGGCAAUAUAGCAGCAGGGUUGAUUCUCACCAGCUGAGUUAACCAGGUACAGCAACCAGGUGUGGAUCCCUACUCUGUGUUGUCCCCCAAUUGCACCCCUUUAUUUACUUCCAUGUGGGUCCAUUCAUUCCUACAUGAGGGGAAAGUGACACAUAGGGACACAGGUAUGGUGAGAGUAAAACCUACUCUCUGAUUUUGAUAGUGGGUUUCCUGGACACUAUCAGUCACAGUGACCACACAGGGUUUUUUUUACUACCUGUCAUAAUGAUGGGCAUUGUGAGAGUAGACAUCUAAAAUCCAGUUCCCAAGGUCCCUAGUGUGACCAAGAAAUUGAACCCAGGAUUCCAAAUGGCUCUCCUUGAGUUAUCUGGAACAAAGGAAACAGAAUCAAUCUGAAACACAUUGGGCAGUGGACUUGCCCCUUUCAAAACACUGAAGUUGCUAGAGGACAGUUUAACCCCCACAUGAAUGGUGUCUGGCUGCCUCCCUUUACUUUCUCCUAUAUAGGCAAAUAGUUUAGGAAACUGAAAGCAUAGUACUUGGGGACAAAAUCUAUUCACUAACUUGGUCCCCAUGCAGUGCAAGGUGUCUCUGUGAACAUAAGAGACCUCAGGCGUCCUUGCAACAUGCAGGCCCUCCCUGUUACAGGGAGGAAUUCUGCUUUUGACUGCUAACUUGUUCAUAUAAACACUAUCCACAGAGAUGUAUAUUGGAGGGGGGGUACACAAACUGUGGUAAAUCAAAUGUUUCUUUUUAAAAGUAGUAUUGCCUUUUGUAACUUAAAUAAGGAGAGGGGUAACCAUGGCACAUAAAGGCCUUUCCUCUCCCACCCUCCCCACACCCUGGGACUUUAAAGCAUGCCACUCUUUGUUUUUUAUUUUAUCUGUGUUGGAGACUGGUGAGUUUUCAGAAAUUCAGAUUCCUUUCACAAGCUGAGAUUUUUCUUUAAAGCAUUUUCUUUUACUAGCAUUAUCUUACAGCUUCCCUUGCAUCCAUCUGCGAAAACCAAUGAACACUGCAAAGUGGAAAAACCAAAUGUUACAUUUUAAGGAUCUUGUGUUUAAAGAAGUAUUUGAUGAAUCUUUCUACUGUGCAUAUGUUAGAUGGUCAUAAAGAAGCAUCUUUUUUGUAGCAGAAGCUAUUUCUUUUGUGAUGGAAACUAGUUUUAUGCAUUGGGCAAUUUUGUAUAAUGUAUCAGAAGUUCUUUUAACCCCUGUACUCAGGAAUGUAUUAAUAAAUUAAGUGGGGAACAUUUUGUAACAUUCAUCUGUUGAUUAUUAAUUUCCUUUAAAUGUAUUUUAUAUUUAUUUGCAGGCUUUGCUUUUUUUGCAACCCUGUCAUCAAGUAAAAUCACAUAUAUAUUUUUGUCAGCUGUAAUAAAGAAAUUUCCUAAUAUAUUUAUCUAUA